AUGACAACACGCCGCGUUGCUGUUAACACACGCGUUUCACGCGCUUCUACGUCGACCCCUGUCGGCGGAGUUUCCACCUCGUCCGGUCGCGUGGGUGGCGCUAUCAGCCCCACCAGUCCCACACGUACCACACGCUUGCAGGAGAAGGAAGAGUUGCAGCAUCUGAAUGACCGUCUCGCUACAUACAUUGAUCGCAUGCGUCAUUUGGAAAAUGAGAACGCACGCCUAACACAGGAGGUGUAUACGGCACAGGAUACCAUUAAACGCGAAACUUCCAACCUAAAGUCUGUGUACGAAAAGGAAUUGGCUGCCGCACGUAAGCUGCUCGAUGAAACAGCCAAGGAGAAGGCCAAACUAGAGAUCGAUAUAAAGCGUUUGUGGGAGGAAAAUGAAGAUGCUAAGCAAAGACUUGACAAGAAAAUUAAAGAGGCCAACGCGGCUGAGAACAAUGCACGUCUCUAUGAAUCUCGCUACACCGAAGCCAAUGGCAAGUACAAUCAGGCCUUGAACGAUCGCAAGAAGGCCGAGGAUCAGGUGAAGGAGCUGACGGUGGAGAACGAGCGUCUGCGCCGCCAGCUGGAUGAUCUGCGCAAGCAGCUCGAGGCCGAGACAUUGGCACGCGUCGAUCUGGAGAACCAGAAUCAGAGCCUGCGCGAGGAGCUGGCCUUCAAGGACCAGGUGCACUCCCAGGAGCUGACCGAGACGCGCUCGCGUCGCCAGAUCGAGAUCAAUGAACUCGAUGGCCGUCUCUCGCGCGAAUACGAGGACAAGUUGCAGCAGUCUCUGCAGGAGCUGCGCGAUCAGUACGAGUCUCAGAUGCGCGCCAAUCGCGAGGAGAUCGAGCUGCUCUACGACACCGAGAUUCAGAAUCUGAAGGCCGCUGCUAAUCGCGCCGCCCAGGGCUCACUCCAUGCCUCCGAAGAGGUGCGUAUGAUGCGCACCAAGAUCGAUGGGCUCAACAACAAGCUGCAGGAUCUGGAGAACACCAAUGCCGGCCUGAAUGCACGCAUUCGCGAGCUGGAGAAUCUGUUGGACUCGGAGCGUAUGCGUCAUAACCAGUACAUUGCCACGCUGGAGGCGGAUCUGCAGCGCAUGCGCGAUGAGAUGGCACAACAGCUGCAGGAGUAUAGGGAUUUGAUGGACAUCAAGGUCUCACUGGACCUGGAGUUGGCUGCCUAUGAUAAGCUGUUGCGCGGCGAGGAGCGUCGCCUCCAAAUCAACUCGCCCGCUCGCCCCGGCACCGAUUCCGGCAUCUCCAGCAAUGGCAAUCUGACUGCCAGCGGUGGCUCCCGUUCGGGCCGUGUGACGCCCAGCGGACGCCGCUCUGCCACACCCGGUAUUUCCGGAGCGAGCGCCGUGAAGCGCCGCCGCACCGUCAUCGAUGAGAGCGAGGAUCGCACCCUGUCCGAGUACUCGGUCAAUGCGGCCGCCAAGGGCGAUCUAGAGAUUAUCGAAGCCGACACCGAGGGCCGCUUCAUCAAGCUGCACAACAAGGGCACCGAGGAGAUCAACCUGACCGGUUGGCAGCUGACCCGCAUUGCGGGCGAUGAGGAGCUCGCCUUUAAGUUCUCGCGCGGCUCGAAGGUGUUGGGCGGUGCCAGCGUGACCAUUUGGUCCGCUGAUACUGGCGCCACUCACGAUCCGCCAAGCAAUUUGCUGAUGAAAAAGAAGUGGCCGGUGGCCAACUCAAUGCGCUCGAUCCUAACCAAUGCCGACAAAGAGGUGAGAGUCGUGUCGCUGUACAACACGUGCGGCACAUGCGAAACCUGCCCAAACUGCAAGCAACUCGAGUUCGUGCUGGACCAGAUGUUGCCAGCUACGAUCGUGUUCGUGAGAACACUUCCAGCCAUGUCUCCCGUCAUCGGAGCAGCGGAACGCCCUCCACAGGAUUUGGCCUCGGUUCCGGAGCUGGCUCCAUUGGCGUAAGAAGCCUCUUCUCGAUGUUCUUCUAAAAUGACAAUACUACUCAACACACAGACAUAAACAGACAUACACACACACACAUACAUACACUCACCCACUCAUAGAGACUUAAAGGAAAGAAGAAAGGAUGAAGUAAUUAAGGAGCUGAAGGAGAACUGCAACACGCGCAACAUUCACACAUCAAAACGGAUUUUGAUGCAUAUCAAACUUAACAAA